CUUCCGGGUCCCAAUCCGUCACACCACGUAAACAAAGCUGAUGCUGCAGCGCAUCGCUGGCCGUAUCGCGAUUGGAGUCCAACAUAGUGCCGUGCAGUGCAGUGCCAGUACGUGACAUCUUCUAUCAAGACUCUGUUCAGAUCUAUUUAUCAUAACUUUGCAGACGACACCUUUUCGGCAUCCAUUAAAGGCAUGAUGAAUUAACACGGAUUAUUACAGUAGGUUAGCAUUGACUAAUCUCUGAGAUGUUACCAUGGAGACCAAUAUAAAGAUCCUCCUCGCCGUCUGCAUGCUCAUCGUCUUCGUGGUGACUCUGCUGGGUGCUCUACUACCUCUCAAAGUCUUCGGGCGACGAGCCAACCAGUCCCAGGCUCAGACGGAACGCUCGGACAAGAUCCGCAGCUUCUGCAACUGUUUAGCAGGCGGUGUCUUCUUGGCUACGUGUUUCCUUGGCCUCAUUCCAUCAGCCAGGAACAAAUUUGAUGAAGUCUUCGCAGCGAGCAACUAUGUGACGGAUUAUCCCGUGUGCGAGGCUGUAGUAAUAGCGGGAUUUUUUCUUAUAUUAGCGCUGGAACAAGCCGUCACAGCAGCACAUACUCGCAAAGCUGCACAGACUGUGGAAUAUGUGCAAUUACAACAAUUGGAAAAUGAAACAGACACUCAUCUAACUAUAGAAGAGGACGAGGAUGACGUUAUAUUUGCCUCGCCAUCGCAGGCUCGUGUCAAGAGUAAUUCUCUUCCUAAUGGAAAAUCCAAAAAUAGGGCAGUGAACCACAGUCACUUGCCAGACACUUCAAAAAAUGGCCACUCACACGGACACAGUCAUUAUGGUAAUAUUGGAGGCACAAAGUUUCUACAUUCCAUUAUUCUUCUCCUUGCCCUGUCUGUUCAUUCCGUCUUUGAAGGGAUGGCCCUAGGCUUGCAGGAAGACAUCAAACAAAUCAUCUAUCUCCUAGUUGCCAUGGUAGCGCAUGAAAGUCUUGCAGCAUUCGCGUUAGGAGCUAGCCUUUUAAAGAGUGAGGUACAGCUAUCGGCAUACAUCGUCUAUGGUGUCAUUUUUUCAAGUAUGAUUCCACUAGGUGCUGCUAUUGGGGUGGGGAUUCAGUCAAAUCAUAGUUUUGGUGCUGAUGUGUGCUCAGCAGUCAUGCAGGCCGUUGCUGCAGGUAUUUUCAUCUUUGUGACGUUCUUUGAGAUCCUGAAUCAUGAAUUUGAAAGUGGAAAAUACAGAGGACAGAAGCUUCUCUUUACUGCCAUAGGUUAUGCUGCUCUUGCUUUGCUGCAAAUCGUUGGAUAAGAAAAGCGGUAUUGUUGGAUCAGCAGCGUAAAUGGUUGGAUUUAAAAGUAAAUCGUUGGAUAGCAAAGGAAAUCUUUGAAUAACUAAAGCAAUAACCAAGAAUGAUAUCAAGGUGACUUUCGCAUUUUAAAGAACUAAAAUAAAAUGUAAUCCCCAAAAAUCAUAUGGGCACUGAUGGUCAAUUAAUUUAUUGUGUUUGAUUCAGGGGUUUAAUUCAAUAGCGUUCCCUGCUAUCCCUUAAAUCAGGGAAAACCUUGAAAAUUUGUUUGUUUGUUCGUUUUGUUUGUUUGUUUUUUUUCAGUCAGGGAAUUCAAGAAUGAUUACUGAAAUAGGGGGAAAAUGAAGUAAUGUCAUAUGUUUUAUUGUGUAUCCAAAGAGCAUAUAUCCAAUUUAUAAUCCUCAUGAUCACAGACUGUAUUACAGUAUCCAUGGUUUUGUAGUGUGUAAGGGCCUCCUUUUAAAGAUCCCUGAAUUGUUUAACUUUAUGGUGUUGGGAAAACAAAUAAAGGAUUUUGUUUUCAUGAAAUUCAGUUUAUUCCAAUUCGAAAGGGUUUAUUUCAAAUGAAACUUUCAUCGCGGCAUUUAGCCGAAUUACACAAGUUUACAAACAAAAUAAAUACUGUAACCCAUCAUAUAUAACAAAGCAUUACAUUACAGUAUAUAUUGAAUCUGAAAAAUAAGUUGGUAUAAAUACGAGAAAUAUACUGUAGCUUAUUGCAACUUAUGGGAACACAAAUUAGAAAGAAAUCAGAAUUUGAUAGCAUAAAGUAACGUACAGUAGUUCUCCUGAAAUCAUAUGAAGGAAUAAGGACUGAAGUACAUUGUACAUGUAAGCAAUGAACAGAAAACAGCUAGAGCAAGUGUAUGUUGUGGAAAAUAUCAAGAGUAAAACUGAAAAGUGAUGAGGAUCGUUUGCAAA